AUUGGUAUCCCGUCAUGCUUCAUGUUGUGACCCAAAAUGGCGGAGCUCUAGCUAUUUUUACGACUUUGUGGGGAUAAAAUUACCAUUUGUCUUCCCUCUGUCCCAAAGUAUAGUAAAAGUCUAUUCCCUUAUGUAGGAUUUAUCCUAUCCAACUUCCCUACUGCUUGGUAUGUCGAAUGAUAAAUGCUAUACGGUAUAAGUACAUGCCAGAAGUGCUAAGGAGCACGCUGGAUUUCGAAGACGCUCAUUUGCAUAUCUAAGGUGUGUGUCUGAAUGGACGGCAGUUUUGACCGUUGGUAGUGUAUACAAGCAAUGUGUACACUCCGGCACGUAAUAUUACCCUUCUUGUUUGGUAUCCGGGUCGACAUGAAGUGCUUGUUGGAGUGUUUGAGGUAUUUGUAAAAGCAACAUGGCCAAGGAAAAGAUUAUAUGCAAGCUGUGCAAGAUAGUCUACACAACUAAAGAGGAGUUGGAAGAACACAGUUGGAGCCUCCUCCAUCAUAAGGAGUAUGAGGCUCAGCAUGGCAAGAACUCUGCACAUGACUGUACCUUGUGCCACACUACCUGUGUGGGCCUGUCAGCCUACGUCAAACACCUCAACUCUGAUACACACCGCCACAAUAGACAGAACCGUCUGGAGGGAAAGACGGUCUCCCCACCAAAAGAAAGGGACAGUACGAGAUCUCAUAGAAGAGUGUCCCCUCCUGAUAAAGGAAAGCCAACUAUCAGACCUGCCAGCAGAAAGGGAACUUAUCAAGGUAGUCCUGAGGGACAGGAUGCCUGGACUGGGGGGGAUAGUCAGGGGAUGAGGAGAGGUAGACAGAGGCGCUGGGACCAAGGCCCUCAACGUGGUAGAAGUAGGGGAGGACACAGACGAUGGGAAGAUCAGACUAGAAGCCCUGUUGGUACACCCCCAGCCAUCUCACCAAGGUGGAAUAACCCACCAGGUGAGCAGUAUCAGCAGUGGUCACAAGAAAGCCCAGUCCCCUACCAUCAGAACAUGCAGCAGACAGCACAGAACUACUACUAUGAAGACUCAUUUGCAUACGAAGAUGGCUUCCAUGCCUUUAAUUAUGAGUAUUGUGGACCUAAUAGAUACAGACAAGACGGUCAUAGAUUCACUAGGGAGGCAGAAAGGCCAAGGUCACAUGAAAGGAGAUAUUCUCCUUAUGAUCUAAGACAUAGGGCAAGAGGACGAGGAUCAAGAGAAGAUGCAGCUCACAUGCAAGAAGAUUCUUUUGUACAUCAAAGAAGGUCUUCUGCUGGCAUGAGUCAAGAAAGGAAUAGAUUCCCUGUUGGUACCCAUGGUAGAGACAGGGACCCAAAUGUCCCAGAGAAAGAGCUGGAAAGGCCAGCUCAAGACAUUAUGCAUAGCCCCUCUGAUAGCAGAGCCAACAAUAGUGUUUCAAACAGUUCCUCAAGUAGACACAGGUGGUCAAGACCAAGCCAUGCAACUGGAGACCAAGAAAAUGACCAUGUAAGGCACCAAAGUGCAGAAAGACCUCAUUCUUUGCCAUCUUCACCUAGAAGGACAAGCAUGCCUUCAUCUGAACGAAGGCGUUCACUUGACAUUGCUCUGGAGCUCGAGGCACCAACGGAUGCAGAAAGGAAGUCUGACUCAAACCUCAGACCAGAACAUAAAGUAGAAGAGAGAGGCUCAUCAGAAACAGAACGACGAAGAGAAACCUCACACAGCUCUCGUAAGACUUCUGUAGAAACCCCAGUCAUGAAAGCUGCUUUGCUUGAGUUAAGCAGAGUGAGAAAAGGUAGCUUCAAGACCGCUGAAAAGGACAUCCCCAAGCCCACCAUAGAGACAGAAAAGACCAAGGUAGAUAGGGAUUCGUAUGUCCAGCAGGUACUCAGUAGAGCAGAGAAUUUGGGCAAUCUUCUCAGGGCCAAGAGGCAAGAAGAGAGUGAAAGGGAGAAACUGCCUGUGUCGUUGGAACAGAGGGUAAAGAGAAGGAUGGAGAAGUUUCUUACACCCAGGGGGGAUCAGAAAGAAAAGACUGGCCAGGUAGAGUCUACUCCAGGUGUGCAGAAGGAGCAAUCAAAACAGCAGGAAGAGAGACAAGGGUUGUCCUGUCCUAAGGACAAUGUUGUAUCAACCAGACAGCCCAGCACUGCCCCCCUCCCCACCGAGUUGCUUGAUGACUACAAUGAAGUUUCCAUGGACACAGAAGACAGCAAUGAUGAGCGUCCAGGACGGCCUGGCCCAGACCUUAUGCCUUCCCUCCUGCUAGAGGUACCAGCCACAGUCCCCCCACCCCCAGAGGUGAGUGAAAGAAAGGGAAGUUCUCAUCAUGAUGGAAGCUACUUGCAGAUACUGCCUGAGAAGGAUGGGAAGAAAGUUGGGGAAGCCUCAGACACAGACAGCAACAGCAGGCCAACAAAAGAUAUCUCCUGUGAGAAGCCUGGCUUUUCACUAAGGACAGCACACCAGAAAGGAGAAUCACUUGCAACAAGCAGCCAUUCUGCACUGAUGUCACCAGCCCCAUCCUCUACCACACAAACUUCAGCUACAGCAAGCAAUAUCCUUAAGGUCUGUACAGAAACAACAUUGCAUGCAACAAAAGACAACUCUCUAACUACCUCACCACCUACUACUACAAGUUCACCAGGUUCUCCCAGAACCUUUUCCCUCCAAGCCUUUAGGGCCAAGUACAGCCACUCAAAGUCUUCCUUUCCUCCUUACCCUCAGGACUCUUUUAAGUCUCCUACUACUGUCACAAAAAGCAAAGACAUGAUGGGCGCUGGUAGUGCAGAAACUACUCGUACCAUGCUGGGGAGGUCCACUAGUUGUCCUGAUGAGAGACAACCUAGAAAUCCAAGCAGUUGCGAUGGGAUGGACAGCAGUGGAAAGAGAAUCAGUGAUAACGCUGCCUCUCCAAGCGAGGGGCGUGUCAGAAGAACUAGUGAAAGUGAUGGUAGCGACUCUGAAGGAGCUGCAGCGAAAGUGCUGGAGAAGCUCCAACUUCCACCGCAUCUGCAGAAAGAGCUGGGCAAGUAUUUGUCUGCCAAGAGCAAGACUGGUGGUGGGACGAUGCAGCCCAACAUCGCGGGAGCACGCAGCAGGCUGAAGCCGGGGAGUAGCCAACAGCGGAAGGGAGAGGUCACGGAGACUGGUCUUCCCUCGGCACUCAUCCAGUUCCUGAACUCUCCCAAAUCACGCAACAGGCAACACCAACAGUGGAGCCAGCUGGUUCAACAUCAACAGGGCCAAAAACAAAAAGCGACCAGACUUCCUAGGUUUGGCCUCCAGCUUGGGCCACCUUCCCUCUCCAGUAGCCAAAAUGACCUGGAUCCACAAGCAAUCACAAUCAACCUGCAGGAUAUAGCCCUGCACGAACUGUCCAUGGAACAGCUGAAGGAGAUCAGCGAGGCUGCAGCGGAGUUACAUAUCACUGCAGACAGUGAUCACGACACACAAGAAGCAGGGGACAGGUCACAGGACCAGGACUGUGUUACAGGAGGAGGCAGUGUUAGAGUGAAGAUGGAGCCCCCGUCUAAUGACUCACCCAGUCUGGAGGAGCCACCAGUAACAAACUCUCCAACAGGGUCCAGUUCACUGAGAACGCAAAGACGUCGUCGUGUCUCAACACAAGCGCCGGAAGAACAUACGGAUACGACUGUUAUUUCUUCCCGCUCCCAUCAGCCUAGCACAGUGAGGAAGGAACCAGAGACCACAUCAGAGCAAAGAGACACAGAGCCAUCAGAGCACCAGCAUGUCCAGUCUGCCCAGGAGGAGAUCAGAGACAACGUUCCCUGCUCCAAUGAUGAGGGACACCAGUCUGAGCCUGUGCGACUUCCUGCUGUUGAGAAGGAGACUCCAGUCACAGCUCCCCCUCAAACUGAAUCACCCCUCCCUCCUGGUGUUGUCAUUAAGCAGGAGAAAGAAGAUGCAGAUGUUGAGGUGGCCACACCACAGGUAGAACUGCAGGAGAACAGGGAAGAGAAUAACACAAGAAACAAGAGGACGUAUGCUGAAGUCGAUGUAGCUGUUGGUGAUGCAGGUGGUGCUGCACAGGACCAGGUGAAGAAGAGGAAACCACAGGAUGGUUCGGAGACAGAGACCAGUCCCAGGGUGAACCUGAACCACCUGCUGACCAUCUCCCUGCAGGAGGAGGGGCUGCACAGGAAGCAGGCUGCCGUGGAGCAGCGCAUCGCUGAGGUCAAGGUCAUCAUGCAGAAAGCUGUGGAUGAGCUACACCAGCUGGAAGUCAAGAAAGCUCAGGUUGUCCAACAGGUGUCCCACCUGAGGCAGAAGAGGCUGGAGAUUCUGCAGGGUGCAGUUUCACAACGGAGCUCUGCCUCUAACUCACGAGCAUCGACCACCGUGGCCUCCCCGACCCACAGCACCCCCAGGGACCAGUCUCCCCGCCCUCCCUCAGCCAUGGACCAAACCAAGACUGCAACGCACAACACGACUCUGUCUGCCUUAGAACAAAGUGCCAUCUCCUCAGCAAACAACAGUGGCGUCCUCCAAGACCAGUCUCACCUGACAGUUCAGAUUGACAGCAGUUUGAAUCUCUCCCACGGAGACACCACUGUGGUGAGAGUGAAGGAGGAGCCUGUGUCACCCACAAGUCUGUCUGCACAAGGUGUCAGUCAAUACGCCACACCCCCUGAGUUCUUGUUAUCACAGUCUCUUGCUGAUGCUAGAAGAUCAGAAUCCUAUGCAAGCCUUCCCACCAAGUCUACCCGUAGAAAAAGAGACCGGUCUGCAAAGUCCACCAAUAGUUCAUGCAAUGACAGUGUCAGCAACCAACCCAGCACUGCUGUCAAUACAUCUGCACAUACGCUGCUUUCCAGUAGUGGUAACCUCAGGAUGAGAGAAACUGCUGCUCCCAUCGUUCCCACCUUAGAUUUCGGUGAUGCAGAGGAAUCACAGACCCAGUCCCCAGUACAACAGCAAACUAAGACAGGGAAAGUGGCCGGUGUUCGGAUGGAAGUGGACGUAGGGGGAGAAGAAAAGAACAGUCAAUAUCAGAGCCCCAUGCUCAAACAGUUGGCUGCUAACUUUCAACAGCUAAGAAGUGCCUCACAACACUUCCUUGAGGAGAGUGAAAACGUUGUUAGUACCCCUCAAAGUACACCCGUGGUGUCGAUACAGGGAGGGAAACAAGGAAGUGGCAAUGUAGCUCUAUGCAGUGUAGAUGACUUGCUGCUUGCCCAGCCUGGUACAUCAAAGGACAGUACCACAGGUACAGAUAAACGACAGACACAGAGAAAGGGUAAAAAGAAGAAGGAGGCACGGACAGAUAAUUCAAUGAGGCCACCAAGCAGGGCAUCCAGUGUAGACAGCGUGGGGAGCUCCAAGGGGGCAAAGAAAAAGAAGAAGAAGAGAAAGCCAUUUCUCCAGGCUGCACCAUCAGAGACAAGUCCAGACGACCAUCCACGUGUGCCAAGGAGGAAGCCCAAAUCAGCAAAGAAGGCAGCAGCUAAGUCAGCAAGCAAAGGUAGACAGGGUGUAGACAAACGUACAGACAGGGACAGCUUCUCAGAAAUAGUGGACAGCGUGCUGUCCCAGCCUAGGAAGGUGAUGAAGAGUCCAGACAGCACCGAGCAGGUUCCAGGAGAGUUGCUGUGUCCGACCAGCCCUGCCGAGAGUGUGUCGCUGAUCGAUGAACCAAAACAGGAGACUGAAGUGCUGGUUAUCGACUCGGAUGAGGAACACAAGCAAGAUCAUGUCACCUCCAGCCACCCUACGCCUGCUGAAGAACAGAAUGUGGUGUCAUCUACCUGUACUACUAACUCAUCCCCGCCUGAAGGGGCUACACUGCCUCAGUUGCCAAGGCAACAACUAUUGAUCCAGCCAGGUGUAGCACAAAAGUUUAGAAAACAAGUAAAGAAAGAGGCUUCUAGUGUAGGAAACACAAACGAGACUCCCACAUCCAGCCAGUCUGACCCCCCUCCCCAGUCUGUGGCAAAUAGGACUAAUGACCACACCCCUGGCUCCUUUGUAGGGCACACUGGAGGAGUAGUGGCUAUUCAGAUCUCAGGAGACUUUUUGUACAGCGUGUCUGCAGACAUGGUGGCUAAGGCCUGGAGUCUAGUCAGCAGGGAGUGUGUACAAGUGUAUAAGGGGCACAACAGGAAGAUUAACUGUCUACAGGUGGUGAAGAGUCAGGGUGGGGAGGAGAGGCUGUACACAGGCUCUAGUGACAAGACUGUCAGGUGUUACAAUGUAAAGACGGCAGCCUGUGUGCUGAAGUAUGAGCUGGAUGACAGGGUGCUGUGUAUGCACCAGAACUGGAACACUCUGUACCUGGGACUGGGUAAUGGCCAGGUCAUCUCCAUCAAUACCCAGACGAGGAAAUGUGUGGACAAGUUUGACUGCCACACUCCCCGGGCCAUCAGCUGCAUAACAACAGGGAAGGAGGGGCCGCGGCGCCUGCUGCUGGUGGGGUCGUACGAUGCCACCAUCUCUAUCAGAGACGCCUGGGACGGGCUCUUACUCAAAACCCUCACUGGACACUCCAAAACACCCCUCUGUAUGCAGGUUGUUAACCACCUUGUGUACAGCGGAUCAGCUGACACCAUGGUCAUGGCCCACAACAUCAACACCGGGGAGUUACAGGGCAUCUACAAAGGACACAGCCAUGCAGUGACUGGUAUCCACGUGGUCGGCAAGGUGAUGAUCACGGCAUCGCUGGACCGACUGGUGCGUGUGUUUGAGGUGGCCUCCCAGGAGAAACUCCAGGUGUACGGGGGACAGAAGGACAUGAUCAUGUGCCUCAAGGUGCACAAGAGUAUGGUAUAUGUUGGAUGCUAUGAUGGGAGUUUGACUGCCUUGCCACUGGACUUAACCAAGAACUUUCGUUGUUGGUGGCGCGGCUGUAGCCUGAUAUUCGGCAUGCGGGGGCACCUGAAGCAGCACCUGGAAACAGACCACAUCCAGCCCAACCAGACCAUGAUCACCUGCUGCUGGAAAACAUGUGUCAAGGACUUCUGUAUGAAGAAACACAAUGUACAGGAGGUGCAACAACACCUAUCUACUCAUGUGGAUCAGCACUAUGUGAAGGAGUUGUGACAAACAAUUCAUCCCAGGAGAUCAGAUAGAAUAGCAAUGUCAACUCUCAAGGACCAAGUUCACUUUGGUGUAGUUUUGUUUCCUCAGAAAGCACGUAGCCAGGUCUUUUUUUUUAUAUUGUAAUCACUUUUUGUAAGACAAGCAUUUUGAAGGCUACAACUGAUGCUGUGAAAGGUAUUCAGUAGAUAGGUCCCAUACUGUAUAGGUCAUGUGAAGUUUGACUUCCAGUCUGGAGUUGUAAUAUCGGUUGUGUCUUAUUUUGUAAUGAAAAAGGGGAAGAAAGUUCUCCCAAUUGGACUUUUCUUAGGUCCAUCAUUGUAUACUUGUCAUCGGUGUGAAGCAGAAAGUAUGUAGCUAGUGUGGUCUUUAAUAACCAAAAGAAGGUUAAGAAAGAUUGAUAA